AUGCCAUCUACAACACCAUAUCUCGGUCCAAACAAGAAGACAAGAAGACAUUCAGUCGGCUGUUUUCCCUUUACUCGGACUAUCCGGUGGUCUCGAACCCGCUCUCAGAUCCUCCAACGUCGAUACACGUAUUACCCUCGGCGCUCCUAUCGUGCAUCAGAAUGUCUUCAUCGAACCUCGGCCAAAGGAUGGGAUAUUCUGCACGAGUUACCCCAGACAACCGACCAUAAGAGCCGUCAUACUAGAAAUCUCUCUAUGGAAACAUACUUUUCCUGCCAAACCCAAUGGGAUACUCAGCCGAGGACGUGGAAAAAAUGCAAAGAACGACGCCAUUCAAUACAGAGUGAAUUGACCCUGUGCAGUCAGCCCUUGACACCCGCACCUCGCUAUACACCUACACGCAGACCUGCCACGUUUAGCUUCUUUCGUCUUCCUGAGAGAUCUCCUGAUCCUGGCAGUAUAGACUCAGCUCUAAUAGCAUUUGAAACAUCGAAUGCCUUAUUAAUUCCCACAGAAUCUGCUCGUCCAGCGGCAUCUACUCGUCUGUCAUUCUUCAGAAACACCAUUGCUACAAUCUCUUCCCUCACAUCUGCGUCGACACGUACCAAUCUCGAAAAUUCAAAUCCAAGACAGAGCCGCCUACCGACUUUACCAGAUUAUUGUCAUCCUUACGACAUCGAACAGUUGUCCCAGCAGCCUUCAUCAUGGGUUUCAAUGUCUCCUACGUAUUUUAGUGGACCUAUCCCAGUGUUUCACGUACAGUCUCUCAUGUUCCUUUUUGGGUUUCUCUUCUUUCCUUGCUGGUGGAUAGGUGGCUUCCUAGUAGGAAGCAAAACUGAAGAAAUCAAACGACUUGUGAAUGUUACGAACACUAAUACCAACACCAACACUAACGCCACAACUUCACCCACAACUUCUCCUAUAUACCCCCUACCUACAUUACUGGUUGUCCAUCCAUCAAUGCUGGCCAAUGGUCGAACGGCUUCUCGUCUGCUGUGGUUGGAUGAGCCGGGUACACCAGAUCGCCCGGUAGUCGCAAGAACGGUGUCUUCUACCACACUUGUUCCAUCAAAAUCCCAAUACAGCCGUUCCCAGGAAUUCAUUUGGCGAUCUCAGUACUUGAAAGAAUUAUCCAUGUUUCGAAGGUGGAACCGCAUUAUGAGUUUUAUAUCACUUGCAUUGAUAGGAGUUGUUGUAGCUAUGAUAUUGUGGUACAGCGCAGGAAUUCAGUACAGUUGGUGGCAGCCCAUUUAG